AUGGCAUCAAGACAGGCGUACAAGCGGCUCUCAAAGGAGUACAAAAUGAUGACCGAGAACCCCCCGCCCUACAUCGUGGCAGCACCAAAGGAAGACAAUAUCCUGGUGUGGCACUACGUGAUCACGGGUCCUCCUGAGACACCAUACGAGGACGGACAAUACCAUGGGACAUUGGUGUUUCCUAAUGAUUACCCAUUCAAUCCGCCCGCGAUCAGGAUGCUGACACCCAAUGGACGAUUCAGAGAGAACACGCGAUUGUGUCUGUCGAUGAGCGACUACCACCCGGAUACAUGGAACCCUUCGUGGUCUGUUGCAACGAUACUGACUGGGCUGCUAAGCUUUAUGACCACGGACGAAUCCUCCAUCGGGACCAUGGAGUCUACGGACUCCACGAAGCGCAAGUACGCCGCUAAGUCCAAGGAGCACAAUGCUACCCGUAGUCCGAUUUUCUGCCAGAUAUUCCCGGAGCUUGCUGAGCAAAACCGACGUGACAUAGAAGAGGCGAAGAAGAGGAAAGAUGAGACCGUAGUUGAAGAUGAGCAUCCGUUCAAACAAGAACAAGUCGUGAGCUUAGAGGAAAUCAACGACCCAGAGGAUAGGAUACGCGCCCAGAUGCUGCAGCAACCAGCAGGCAAUGGGACUACCAGUAACUCUAUAGGACGCUCGCUGCUAUUUGUGCUCUUUUCUCUCGCUGCCCUGCUUGUCGCAGUGUGCUAUACUAGGGUGUGA